AACAGUUGGUAGGAAAAUGUCUAGUAACUUUGGCAGUGUUGUGAAUUCUCAGGAGGUCUUUUAUGAAAUGUUUUGUACCAACUGCAAAUGGACUUGAACUGUCAGAAAAAUCUGGGAAAGCACUGAAGACACUGCAAAACAUCUGGGACUAAUCGUCCCCAGAAAACAUGUUGUUUGGUAUGUCAUGUCUAACCCAUAUGUAUAGGAUUGCCCACAAGGGGACAACCACUUUUUUUUGUUCUCAUGACAAAUACCUGAGAAAUAACUCUUACAUUUCUUGUAUUCUAAUCAGCAAGCUAAGUAAAUGCACAUGGAUGAUUCUCUACAACAAAGUUUCCACAGUCAUAUUGAUAGUAAUUGAUAGUUGAUUUGGAACUCAUUUUAUUCACAUUCGGUCUAAAUAUUUGGUACCCUGACUGGCAGCAUGCUCGCAAAUUCUUGUAGCACGAAGCAAAAAUUGUCGGGCUAGAAGUCAUUGAACAGUAUGUUCUUUCAUCGAUGGAAACCCUAAAUUUUAAUGUAUAUCUUCACAAGGAAUGGUCUAUCUCUAUUCUAACAUGCCUGUCACUUCUCUUUUUCUAGGCUAGGAGCAGCAAAGAGACAAGCCUUGAAGAUGAUGAUGAGUCUAAAAAGACCACUCAUCCUAAGGACAAGGAAAAGCCAAUACCCCGUCCCCGGAUCAGUCAGAAGCAGCCAUCUCAGACUCCAGCAGAACCCCUGGGCUGUUCUCCCUGUGAGUUGUCCCCCCUUGCUAGCCUCUCUGGAAUCCCUGUGCUGCGGCCUGUCCGCUCCUGCAGCGAGUCAGCUCUCAUUGGUCAUCCUACCACUGAGGCUGAGGACUGCAAACGUGCAGCUUCCUUCCAUGACCUCCGUCGCCCUGAAGGGCAGCAGCCCGAUCCCCUUUGGCCAGUGGUUUCCUCCAUUAGUGCCUCAUUCCACCAGGGAUCGUCUUUGUACCUUCACUCAGCCUGGGUUGGUAGUCAGUGUACUACCAUGGCUUUGGUUGCUGUGACCCUGUCCACUGUCAUGCCCGUCUUUCGAUGGGCGCGGAAGGAGCUUGACACCAUUCUCCGCGACGGGGACAGGAAUCAUGGCACCAUUCUCUCCAGCCUGGGCCGAACUGCCGACACCAUUAAGCGGGUGGGCAUAUAUGAGCUCACUGGGCAAAUAGUCCCGGUGGAACUAAGGUCUGGGACCUUCCUGAUGAAGGGGUGCCCGGACCAUGAGGCAGCUGGGCUUUUGUCGGUCAACCCCGACGUCCAGCCACGGUGGGAUUUAGGGUUUGUUAGCCUGGCGGAAGGGCUUAGAAUGGCUCUGGAUGAGACCAGUGGAGCUGUGCUGACAGUGGGGGAGUACAGCAUGGCUGUAAUGAGGGACCCCAUGGGAGGAGUGAGGCUGUUUGACAGCCAUAGCCGGGACCCGCUUGGCAUGUUUCACCCUGAUGGACACGCAGUCCUCAUCAAGACCAGGACUCUGAGUGAUAUGGAGGCCUUGUUUAGACGAAAGCUCAAACAGAGAGGGAAGAAGAGGGCUCAGUUUGAAGUGUUGGGCUUCAAACUGAUGGACCAGUAGCGAUCUA